GGAGGACGCGGGGAGGGGUCCCCCCCGGCGCGCGCCCCGCCUCCCCACGCCCAGCCCCGCACCUCCCCACCUUGCGAGCCCAGCCCGGGCGGGCUCCGCUUUCCUUCCGGGGAAAGAGAAAAGGUCCCGGCUCGGCCGCCGCCUCUUAAAGGGGCAGCACCGCCCCUCCCUUCUCAUCCUUCCUACUCGGGCUCCGCCCUCUCCCCCAGACACCUGUCGGGAGCCCCUAAAGGCUUGAAUUUCCCGUCCCUGGCCCUCGCUUCUCCCAGGAAGCGGCACCUCCGGAGCCAGAUGGAUUGGACGGGGCGGGGUGGGGCGGGACCUGUGGGUUCUCUUCGCUGCGGCGGCUGGAGAGACGUUCCGGGCGCGGCCACCUCGCUGUGCGGGUCGGGCGGGGCGCGCAUCGGCGCCAUCGGGGACCGAAGUCCGCGCGCGGCUGGCUGGAAGGAAGGCUGCGCUCACCUCCCGGCGCACCGAGCCCCUAAGAAUGGCUGGAGGUCUCUGGGCGUUUUUGCUCGCACCCGGCCCCUUUUCUGUCUCGGUCGAGGUUUAUUUUCCUGCCUGUCUAUCCCCACCCAUCCUGAUCCGAGCUGGGACUGGCUUCUCAUCAAAGCCAGGGAGAUAGUCAGCGGUGAUAAUAACCAAACACCGCUAGCUGUAAUUAGCAAGAAGCCUUUUCCGCUUCAAGCCGCCUUCUGGGGAAGCAGACUGCCAAACAAGGAAUGUGUGACGAGAAGAGUCCGAGUGCAGCUUCUGACGUCUGCUGGCAGCUUUUACGCCCUACUCCCAGCUCUUCCCCUAAGGCCUGCGCUGGCCUCUGGACAAGCUGAUGGACGGCGGAUGCCCCCUGGGCACCUGAGGGAAGGAGAUCCACAAACCCUUUCCUGUCUGAACCCUCAGCCCAACCAAGCCAACCUCCUUUUCUGGGUCUCCGAAGCCAUUCGGGACCGGCAUCAGAAACCACAAUUCUGUGAAUAAUAAACAUUUUCCUA